AUGAAAUUUCAAAAUGUACAUAUUGCACACGACGAUGAGAAAGACCGGGAAAAGCUGUUGCCGUUGAAUAACGAUGAUCUCAAAGAUGAAAAAGAUAUCGCCUCCCCAUCCCGUCCCAGCUUCGCAUUCAAAUGCUACGUAAUAGCCAGUAUGACUUUCAUUUGGACCGCCUACACACUCACAAUCAAGUAUACGCGGAGUAGUGUCGAACCUGAACAGAUGUACUCCGCCACUACAGUAGUGUUUUGUGCAGAAGUGCUGAAACUGAUAAUCACAUUUGCCAUGUUUUACAAAGAAUGCAAUUUCAAUAAUGCGCAGUUUUUGGAGAAAGUCAAUCAAUAUUUCCUGAAUGCUCCAAAAGAAUUGGCAAAGAUGAGUGUUCCCUCAUUCGCCUACGCUCUUCAGAAUAAUUUGGAUUUCGUUGGAUUGUCGAAUUUAGAUGCUGGAGUUUAUCAGGUAACAACCCAACUGAAAGUGGUCUCCACUGCUCUCUUCAUGAUGUUGUUCCUGGGUCGAAAGUUCUCUGUCCGACGUUGGAUGGCAAUUUGUCUUCUGAUGUUUGGAGUUGCCUUCGUACAAAUGAACAAUGCACCAGCUGCAGAAUCCAAGCAAUCUGGAGAGAAGGCUGAAAACUAUAUCAUCGGGCUGUCGGCAGUUUUGGCAACGUGUGUGACCGCCGGAUUCGCUGGAGUUUGGUUUGAGAAGAUGUUGAAGGAUGGAGGAAGUACACCGUUUUGGAUCAGGAAUAUGCAAAUGUACAGUUGUGGAGUGAUCAGUGCCUCCAUCGCUUGCCUUGUCGACUACUCGAGAAUCUCUGAAAAAGGAUUCUUCUUUGGAUACACUGAUAAAGUGUACGCAGUGGUCAUCCUCCUCGGAGUCGGAGGUCUCUACAUCUCUCUUGUCAUGAGAUAUCUUGAUAAUCUCUACAAAUCAAUGGCCUCCGCUGUCUCCAUCAUUCUCGUCGUCGUCCUCUCAAUGCUCAUCUUCCCUGACGUCUUCGUUGGAAUGUAUUUCGUUCUUGGAACCAUGUUCGUCGUUCUCGCUGUUCUUCUGUACAAUUCGGUUAAUGAAUAG